AUGCCGGGGAACGCGACAGUGGCGCGGGGGGCCGCGCCGGCGGCGGAGCCGUUCGAGGUGGACCGUGAGAAGACGUGUCCGCUCUUGCUUCGAGUGUUCCCAACCAUAGGCGGCCACCACCGACUCAAGGACUACGAGAAGCGCGGGGAGGAGCCGAAGAACGAGCUUCAAAUCUACACCUGGAUGGACGCGUCGCUUCGGGAGAUCACGGAGCUCAUCCAGAUGGUGCACCCCGCGGCGAACAAGCCGCACGCAACGCUCUCGUUCGCGACAGUGUACCCGGACAAGAAGGGAAUCAACGUGUUCCACCCCAUCGGACGGUGCCAUGCGAGCAAGCGCGGCCGGGACGACGACAAGACCCUCAAGGACCUCAACUUCCAAAUCGGUGACUUCCUCGACGUCGGAAUCUUCCUGUAA